ACUGGUCUUGUUUUUUUUCUGUUUUUCUCUCUGUGGGAAAACCUAUGCAGCUCUGUAUCUAGUUGGGAAUUUAGCAGCUGCAGAGCACAUAGAGCAGGCACUGGAAUUCAGAUAAGAAUAUUAGAAACAAAUGGAGAGCUUGUAUUUGUUUUGCAAAAUGUGACUCCUAAACUUUUACUAAACUUUGGUUAUGAAGUUCAUAUAAUUGCAGGGUUGCAGCAAAAAAUCAGUCACUUCUGUUUUGACCCAAAAGUAACCUUCGGCUGUUGGAUAUCUUGUCUGACUUCGUACAUUGUGUUUAAAAGCAAGAAACAGCUGAAAAGCUGCAAAGCAAGGCUAAAGGGCUACUGGAUUAAGAGACUGAGCCUGGACAGACGAUGGAAGGGUAUGGUUAUGAGCACUUUGGUGCAGAAGGAGCGAGGGAGAGCCUGCAGGUGGAUUAUCGGAGGAUUGUGGGGGACACCCAGCCGCCGCCACGUACCAUCGUUGGAUCCAGAGAAAGCGAACAGUGUUUCCGGCAAACCUCACAUGGCCACGGACACGAAACCGCAGCCCAGAGAUACAGUGCCACACGCAUCCAGGCUGGUCUCGGCCCAGAGAGCAUGGCGGAUUACUUGAUCAGUGGUGGCACAGGCUACGUACCUGAGGAUGGACUCUCAGCUCAGCAGCUCUUUUCGAUUGGAGAUGGCCUCACAUACAACAGAUCUGACCAACAGUGCGUUGUCUCCGAUGGUCAUACGGCUGAAGAGCUAUGCUCUAAAGGAGAUGGGUUGACUUACAAUGACUUCCUGAUUUUACCUGGCUUCAUCGACUUUACAUCAGAUGAAGUGGACCUGACAUCAGCACUGACCAGGAAGAUCACACUGAAGACCCCCCUCAUCUCCUCCCCCAUGGACACUGUCACAGAGUCAGCCAUGGCAAUUGCUAUGGCGCUAAUGGGAGGCAUUGGCAUCAUUCACCACAACUGCACACCAGAAUUCCAAGCCAAUGAGGUCCGCAAGGUUAAGAGGUUUGAGCAGGGUUUUAUCACAGACCCAGUUGUGAUGAGUCCGCGCCACACAGUUGGGGAUGUGUUUGAGGCCAAAGUAAGACACGGCUUCUCUGGUAUUCCUGUCACAGAGACAGGCAAAAUGGGCAGCAAACUGGUGGGCAUCGUCACCUCCAGAGAUAUUGACUUCCUUUCUGAGAAAGACCAUGAUAAACCUCUGGAGGAGGCUAUGACUAAGAGGGAGGAGUUGGUUGUGGCUCCGGCUGGUGUUACCCUGAAAGAAGCCAAUGAUAUUCUGCAGCGUAGUAAAAAAGGCAAGCUUCCCAUUGUAAACGAUAACGACGAACUGGUGGCCAUUAUUGCCAGGACAGAUCUGAAGAAGAACAGGGACUACCCGCUGGCCUCCAAAGACUCACGCAAACAGCUGCUGUGCGGCGCCGCCAUAGGCACCAGGGAGGACGACAAGUACAGACUGGACCUCCUAGUGCAGGCUGGCGUGGAUGUUGUUGUACUGGACUCCUCACAAGGCAACUCAGUGUACCAAAUCAACAUGAUAAAUUAUAUUAAACAGAAGUAUCCAGAAUUGCAAGUGGUGGGAGGAAAUGUGGUUACCGCGGCCCAGGCCAAGAAUCUGAUCGAUGCUGGCGUGGAUGCUCUAAGAGUCGGCAUGGGCUGUGGCUCCAUCUGCAUCACACAGGAAGUCAUGGCAUGUGGGCGCCCCCAGGGGACCUCGGUGUACAAGGUAGCAGAGUACGCCAGGCGUUUUGGUGUGCCCGUCAUCGCUGAUGGCGGCAUUCAGACUGUGGGCCAUGUGGUGAAGGCUCUGUCUCUCGGCGCAUCGACUGUUAUGAUGGGCUCGUUGCUAGCGGCAACCACUGAGGCUCCAGGAGAGUACUUCUUUUCAGACGGCGUGCGGCUGAAAAAGUAUCGUGGUAUGGGCUCCCUGGAUGCUAUGGAGAAGAGCACCAGCAGCCAGAAACGCUAUUUUAGUGAGGGCGACAAGGUGAAGGUAGCCCAGGGUGUGUCAGGCUCGGUCCAGGACAAGGGGUCCAUCCACAAGUUUGUACCAUACCUGAUAGCCGGUAUCCAACAUGGCUGCCAGGACAUCGGGGCAAAGAGUCUCUCUGUCCUCCGUUCCAUGAUGUAUUCUGGAGAGCUAAAGUUUGAGAAGCGCACCAUGUCUGCACAGGUAGAAGGAGGCGUUCAUGGACUCCACUCUUACGAGAAGCGGCUUUACUGAACAGAGGGAGGGGGUGGAGCACAAAUCAGCAGUGCACAUGACGUAACCAAUCUAACAGUGACCAAAUGUUAAACCGCCACUUCUGCUAAAACGCAUACCCACCCACUAAACCCUCCCCUGCGUCAUAUCCACCGUUGCUCCCUCCGAUCCCAACACAGCUGCUUGGGGGGGGGGGGGAAAGAGGCACCGUAGCGAAGUGAGAAUCUUCAAACUGGCACCCGACUCUCUGAACACCUGGGAUUUUGCACUCAAGAAGCGGCGCAUCAGGGUUUUCGGAAUGACAUACACACCUGUAUCUUGAGUAUGCAGCCUGCUGGCAGUUGUGUGUGUGUGUGUGUGUGUGUGUGUUUAUAGGGAAAGAAUGUGAAUGACUGUGUGGAUGGCAAUUGUGGGUAGUGUGUGUGACAUAGUUUAAAAUGUGUAUUGGGACAAACCAAGUGAGGGUGCACUGUGUUUUUUGUCCUUUUAUUAUUAUUAUUAUUAUUAUUGAGUCUAAAACAGCCAUGGUGCAGAUCCCAUCAGCAUUUUUUUUUUUUUUUUUGGCCGUUUUGGGAUCCACGCUUACCAGCAAGCUCCCUGUCAGAAGCCUCACACAUCCCAGUUCUUAAACACACAAGUCCUUGUGCGGAAAACAAGAUCAAACACUUGUCUCCCUAUGUGCAGUGUGUCGGUGUAUCAUGGCAAACUUGCUUUCGUGCAUUUUUUUUUUUUAGACAUCACAGGCAUAUGCUACUUAAUACAAGGUAGCUGCUUAUAUUUCAGCGCUUACUGUUUACUUUGUGUAUUGUGGAUCCUGAGGUACGAAAUAAUGCCUAAGGCAGUAACACUGUCGACAUUAUAUCCUCCACUGUCACCUGAAAUCGGUUGACAGAACUCAGACCCAUAGUUUUUACCACUGUGGACAUUCAUUUUCCCACCCAGUGAUGUCUUGAGCCAAAUAAUCAGUGUCCCGUCUCAGUGCAUAAUGUUCGUAUGUUGAGCAUGGAAGGGACCAAAAGCUGAAGAUCAGGUAUGUUUGAAAGAAAAAAAAACUAAAAUGUAUCAAUCAAAAAUAAUUCAUAAUGAGGAGAAUGGUCAUUUCUUUGCCCUUAAUUUGAAUACUUUUAGAUCAAACAAACUUUAUAUUAAACCUGUGUUGUCUCGGGGGCUUUGAAUUGAGCAUGAAGGGUUUUUGAUAUGCAUGUUUGUUUUUUCACUAAGCCAAACAUGGCUGUAUUUAUAUUCUGCUUUAUUGUAAUUGCAUACAUACUGCCAAGUGUAUUUACACUGUCUCUUACACUCUUCUUUUGGAACUUCAAAACCAAAAUUGCCGCAACAAGUCGCUGCUUACCUCGUCACAAUUUCAUUUCUAUGCUCUCAAGGUGUUGCAUAGGUUCUGUUACAGGUUUAUUUUAUUUCUGACUUAUGUUUAUCUUUACCCGAGAGAUGCCUUCAAACAGGGAUGGUUAAAGGCUGCAGAUCACAGCUCAGUGAAAAUGCUUUGAAAUGCAUAAUACCAUACACACUCACCUCCUUUUCUUACUUUGAAAUAGUAUAGCUGUGUUUAUCAUUCAGCUUAUGUAAGACUAGGCUUUUUCUAACAUUGUCAUACUGGAUGUCCCUUUUGCCAGCUGUUU